GUCCCCACAACCGCCCCCGCUGCCCAUGAAAAACGGCGCCAAACAGCAGCAGCAGCAACUGGAGUCGCACUACCAACACUUGACCUACCAGCAGCAUCCCGGCAGCAAUGCACGCAACACCCUGGACCGCAAGCAGCCGAGCAACAGUGGCGGCGACUACUGCACCCAGAUCAAUCCGCACUAUCUGCAGACCUUCGACAGUUUGGACCACUACAGUGUGGCCACCAUGCAGCAGCAGCCGCUGCGCAGCCAGUCCAAGUCGCAGAUCUACAGCUAUGGCAGCAGCGGCACCGCCAGCGACAACAGCAACCACAACCAGCAGCAUCUGCCGCACCAGCAGCACCAGCACUACCACAGCAGCAGCAACAUAGCCCACAUCGAGCACCACUACCAUCCGCAGCACGGCAGCGAUCGCUACAGCCACCCGCACGUGCAGCAGCCACAUCAGCAACAUCAGCAGCAGCAACAGCAGCAGCAUCAGCUGCAGCAGCAGCAACACCACAGCCUGAAGCACACCAAGCACGGCAAGGGGCACAAAAACGGCAAGCACGGCUCGAAGGGCAGCAGCAGCAAGUCGCAGGACGACUUCAAGCAGCAACAGCAGCUGCAGCCGCCAAAGUGCAGCGGCAACAGCAAGUCAGCCAAGCGCAACGGUUGCGGCAACCAGGUGUUGCCGCUGCCACCGCCGCAGCAGCAGCACUACUCCAGCUCCAGUGAUAGCCUACCAUUCGAUAAUAACUACUAUUAGACACCAGCACACGCAGACACACACGC